CUGGCGGCCGGCGCUGAGGCGGCGACGGCGGGAGUCGCUGCUGAGGCGGCCGCGGGCGCGGGUCGCGUCGGCGCUGCUCCGCGGGGCCGGGCCGGGCUGGCUGCCGCUGGCGCCUGGCGGUGAGGGCGGACUCCCGGGGCGGGCGGAAUGGCCCCCGCCCAGGGCACUGGGAGCAGCGGCUGAGCGCAGGAUGCUGCGGAGGCGGCGCGGCGGCUCCUCACUCGUCUCAGAUGUUCAUCUGCUUUCUGCAAUAGAAUCUCCAUGGCCUGAACAUUUUCUGAAAAUUAUUUUGAGCAGACUAUCUGUUUAAUAACAAGAUAACCACAUCAAGAUGGUUGGAAAACUGAAGCAGAACUUACUAUUGGCAUGUCUGGUGAUUAGUUCUGUGACUGUGUUUUACUUGGGCCAACACGCCAUGGAAUGCCAUCACCGAAUAGAAGAACGUAGCCAGCCCCUCAAAUUGGAGAGCAUAAAGACCACUGUGCGAACUGGCCUGGAUGUCAAAGCCAAUAAAACCUUUGCCUAUCACAAAGAUAUGCCUUUAAUAUUUAUUGGAGGUGUGCCUCGGAGUGGAACCACACUCAUGAGGGCCAUGCUAGAUGCACACCCCGAUAUUCGCUGUGGAGAGGAAACCAGGGUGAUUCCCCGAAUCCUGGCCCUGAAGCAGAUGUGGUCGCGGUCAAGUAAAGAGAAAAUACGCUUGGAUGAGGCUGGUGUCACCGAUGAAGUGCUGGAUUCUGCCAUGCAAGCCUUCCUACUAGAAAUUAUUGUUAAGCACGGAGAACCAGCUCCUUAUUUAUGUAAUAAAGAUCCCUUUGCCCUGAAAUCCUUAACUUACCUUGCUAGGUUAUUCCCCAAUGCCAAAUUUCUCCUGAUGGUCCGAGAUGGCCGGGCAUCAGUACAUUCAAUGAUUUCUCGGAAAGUUACCAUAGCUGGGUUUGACCUGAACAGUUACAGAGACUGUUUGACCAAAUGGAAUCGUGCCAUAGAGACCAUGUAUAACCAGUGUAUGGAAGUUGGCUAUAAAAAAUGCAUGUUAGUUCACUAUGAACAACUUGUCUUGCAUCCUGAACGGUGGAUGAGAACACUCUUAAAGUUCCUUCAGAUUCCAUGGAACCACUCAGUAUUACAUCAUGAGGAGAUGAUUGGGAAGGCUGGAGGAGUAUCGCUGUCAAAAGUGGAAAGAUCUACAGACCAAGUCAUCAAGCCAGUCAAUGUGGGAGCACUGUCAAAAUGGGUUGGGAAGAUACCCCCGGAUGUUUUACAAGACAUGGCAGUGAUUGCACCCAUGCUCGCCAAACUUGGAUAUGACCCGUAUGCCAAUCCACCGAACUAUGGAAAACCUGAUCCCAAAAUCCUUGAAAACACUAGAAGGGAGCUACUGAAGAAUGUACCAAAGAUGGAGGAUUAACCAAGUAAAUGGAAGACCUGGGCAAGGAAGUGGGAAUCAGAACCGUAGAGGUAUGAAGAAUGAAUACCUAAGAUGGAUGUUCCUAGAAAAAUCCCAAGACAACACCUGAGCGGGAAAGCUGGAGAACAAGCAGUUCAGUUGGAAGUGAAUGGAGGGAUUCAGGAAGGACGUUUGGGGAAAGGGGGAAAAAAUGGAAGAGGGAAUGUAAACGCCAAGAGUCGUAGAUUGCCUAGAGCGGAAGUCUGCCGCUGAAGGCAGUGCUGUUGGGAGUUCAUAGACGUGUAAGCGAUGAAUCGCCAGAGGCUCGGGGAGAGUUCAAAAGAUUGAGAGUUCAGAAACUCUGGGGGCACAGUCUUAGGGAGCCCCACAAGGUUCUCAGAAUAAAGAUCAGAGAUAAAGCCUCUGGUGCUCUGACAGAGGGAAGGGGAAAGUCACCAUUUUAAAAUAAGAUUGGGACAUUUAGAACAGCUUGCCUUCGAGUAGACUGUUCUGCCAAAGUCUAACCAACCGACUACCCAACUCUAGACCCUCCAGUUUUCCUGUCUUACCUAAAAGAGUCAGAGGAGGGGAAGCUGAGAAGCACUUACAAUGGUUCCGACCGAGGCACACAGGCUCACUAAAAUACUUAGAUGUGAUUAUGGGAUUAUAGAACGCUUUCUCCCCCAGUCCUUAAACACACAUGCCCUACCACCACGCCAGUCAGGCUCUUGUGCAGUAACAGUGCGUUACUACUAAAAGAACUACAAUGCUCAGAUUCUACUUUUAAAAGAAGAGCAACAAGGAGUACAAAAACAAGGACACUUGAAAAAUUUUAGCUUCUGAUACGUAGCUCCAACAACCAGUAAUCACGGGCUCAUUUCUAGCCAGAUAAACGUAAAACCACACACCGAAGGCUUACUUGCCCUACCCCUUUUACUCAGUAUAUCAUGCCCACUUGUGACGAAAACAAACCUACAAGAUGUGCUAAAAGCAAAAAAAAUAAAUAAAUAAACAGUUGGAAGAGACAAUAGAAAGUAUUGAAACUGGAUAUAUGCCAGAAAUUUUGGAAUUACCAGACUGAGUACUUAAAAUAGCUAUGAUGAGGGAUGCCUGGGUG